CUCGAACGACCGCGCUUGCUUCGCCCCGAACGAACACCCUGCUUCGAGUCGACGACGGCCAUGGCGGCGGCGGGCCUAGCGGCGAUCAAGCCGCCCAUGGCGGCGAGCAUUGUGGAGAAAAUGGAGGUUCCUUCCGCGGCAGAAACCUUGGGCGAAAUGAAGAGCUCGGUGGCAUCGCAGAUCUUGUCGAAGAUGGUGGACAACGACGCUCAUGCUCGGGCGGCGGAGAUCCUCACGGCCAUGGACGGGGCAGCCGAGCUCUUGGCAGAACUCCGGGCCGCAACUGCCGCCUGGGUGGUCCAAGAGAUGGAUGUCGAGGUGGCAGCAAACCUUCUGAGUGAGAUGGCUUAUGUGGGCGCCGGCUAUGUGCUGGCAGAGCUGGAUGCAGAUCAAGCGGCCCCCAUCCUGCUUGAGAUGGAGCAACAGAACGCCGCAUACAUCCUGGAUGACAUGGAGACCUCGGCUGCGCUGGGGAUCCUGGCAGACAUGAGCAGCGACCAGAGCGCGGCUCUCCUCUCCUUGAUGGUCCCCGAUGCCGCGGCACUCAUUGCAGCGGAGAUGGAGUACGGUGAUGCCGCGAAAAUCUUGACGGAGAUGGAACAGGACGCCGCGGCAUCUGUGGUUCAAGAGAUGGAGCCAGAAGCUGCCGCCUACAUCCUGGCCGAGAUGGAUUCCUCAGCGGCUGCCGAGGUCGUGGCGGUGAUGGACUACGACGAUGGUGCGGCCUUCGUUCUGGAGCAGUUGGAGGCGGAGCAAAGCGGGAAGAUCCUCGCGCACUUGGAGCCUUCGGUGGCGGCCGCCAUCGUCACGGAGAUGGAGUUUGAAGCCUCCGCCGCCAGCUUGCAUGAGAUGGAUUUCGAUAUCGCCUCGAACCUCCUGGCGGAGAUGGACCCGAGCGCUGCUGCAGGCGUUGUCUCGUUGAUGGAGGCCGACGCUGCAGCGGGGGUGCUGACGGCCGCCAGCAGCUACCACACGUCGGCACAGGUCGUGGACAAGCUCACGGAGGAGUGCGCGGCGGAGGUGUUCUCGGAAAUGGAGCCGGAGGCUUCGGCGGGCAUUGCCAGUGAGCUGGAAUACGAGACCUCCGCGCGUGCGGUGGCGUUGAUGGAACCGUCUACUGCAGCGGCGCUCUUGGAAGCUGUGGAGCACUACGAGGAUUCCGCGGGCAUCCUGGGGCAGAUGAGCUACCGUGAGGCGGCCAAAGUGGUGGAAGAGAUGGAUGCACCGGCAGCAGUGAUGGAGUAUCUGGAGUACGAGGACGCUGGGGGCAUCUUGCACGAAAUGGGGCUUGAGAGUGCUGCUGGGGUGCUAGCCAAGAUGGACCUCAGCGAGGCCGCGCAGGUGGUUGAAGAGAUGACUUGUGGUUCAGAGCAGAUUUUACCCGAGAUGGAGUACCAUCAGGCGGCGAAGAUCUUCACCCAGUUGUCCAGCGCCUCUUCAGCUAGCAUCAUCUAUGAGAUGGACCCUGAUUCCGCAGCCUACAUCCUGGCUGAAAUGGAUCAUCACCUGGCAGCGGAGAUCCUACUGCAGCUGGACGAAUACGGUGGUAUCGAGCACCAUGUGACGGCAUGCCAUAUCGUGGAGGAGAUGGAGACGCAAACAGCUGCCGAUAUACUGUCGGCCGCCGACCCGGCAGACGCGGCAGAGUUGGUGUCCUCCAUGGACUACGAGGGCUCCGCAGGGGUGUUGCUGGCGAUGGAGUCGCAGCAGGCGGCGAAGGUGAUGUCGGAGUUGGAAUAUGAUCACGCGGCAGAGAUCCUCUCGCGUCUCAAGGUGCCGAAGGCUGCUGCCAUCCUCUCCGAGGCGGAGUACUACGACGCCGCAGGCAUCUUGGAAAAGAUGGACUUGGCGAAAGCCCAGCAGCUGUUGCGUUCGGGCUUUCUAGACCGCGAUGCCAUCCUCGAUGCCAUGGAAGACGCGCAAAAGUCUUCACAGCUCCGCACGCGUGUGGCCAAGCGUGCCCGCACCAGCUGAAGAACACGGGGAAACGGCUGAAACGAGGGGCUCUUCAAGAGGGGCAGCUGAGACUUGAUAGAUGUGAUUUGUUUGAGCUGAGAGGAUCUGUAUAUCCACCUUGCUGAUCCUCAGAAUCUACACCGAAUCAUCAUGGAGGUGGAAAACCACCUGUUUUGUAGAGGAAAACCCGAUUCCUUGGGUAAUCUCCCUGGAUCUUGCUUGAAC